GCCUUAGUCCUCUUGCCUAUCUCUUUGAGCAGCCAGACUUUCUCAGUUGCUUGCCAGAGACUGGUGGAUCAAUGGUGUUAAUUGUUUUAUUAAAGUCAAUGAUCCCAGUGUAGUGGUCCCUUCAUUCCUGUGAAUCUUUGAUGCUACAAAGACACUAUUAACUGAGUAAUAUUGUGGGCUACAGUCACAGACAUUUUGAUGUUGCUAAGAAACUGAAUCGAAAGGAUUCUUGUUAGGAUCUGGCUGACCAUGGAGAGCAUUGAAAUGUCACAUUAAUUGCAGAAAUCCAAUUUCUUCUAUUUUCCCGAACUCCAAACUCGAGCUCUACUCCUUCAACUCUCUUCAUAAAAUGGCCAUAUAGCAUUAGCGGCUUUGUCCUAGCAGAAUCAUUGCAUGCCUGUGGUGGGGAUUAAUAGCUUCACUCGUAAGGCAAAAGUGAAAAUGAACAUUUGAGGUAAAGCUGAACAUGAAACGUCCUGGAAAUGCUUCUCCAGUGGGUGGUCGGACAAUCUUUUAUUACCUCUACAUUUACUACCACUACACUUGCCAAUAAUAACUCUUUAUGAAUGAAUUGGGAAAAUGUGAAUUCAGAGAUCUGGGAUUGAUUUAUGCUUUGGUUUCUCCUGUUAUUUUGCUUGUACCUUGGAAAACUACUUUAAUGAUCAGUGUUCAAAGGGGAAAAUCUAAGGAAGGAAUUUGAACCUAGUUUAGAAUCUGUGCUGUCACUCUCCUCUAUGUUUAUUUGCCUCCCAACACCCUGUCCUCUCCUUUCUGAUUGUUUUAUUCAGCCUUUUUAUACCUGGUUUCCUUUUUCUUUCUUCCCUUUAGGCCUCCAUCCUUCACUGUGGCCCGCCUUGCAUUGUUCCAUUGUUGCAUUGGCCUUGUCAUGCAUUGCCAUUGUGAGCUUCUGCCUGUUUCUGCCCAGUAAAAUGAUAAAAGGACAAUUGUGGAGAGCUCUCACUGUUUUCCAGGAAGGAGCAGUGUGUUUGUCUUCUUUGCUACUUUUAGUCACUGGUUUCCUCUGGAUAGAAGAGAAAGGUCCCAGUGUAUAUCUUAUCCUGGUCCUUUCCCUUCUUUUCUUGGUCAUUCCUGUGACAUUCACCAUAGCUGCAAUACUGGCCAUCCACCCUCCAAGAAUUAAAAAGAUAAUGACAAAAAAAGUUUACCGAAUGAUCCUGGAUUUCACUGUUCCUGGAGGAGCCUUGGUAAUCAUACUGUUCUCCAUAUUCUUCAUGGAGAUGAUCUUUCAGCUUGAAGGCCAAGGCUGCUCACAGCCCAAAAAUCUGUUUGUCAGCAUGGCAGUCCCAGCUGGAAUCUUCUUCGUUAUUCUACUCUCUCUCUUUGGCUGGUAUCACCUCAAGAAAGAAAACAGGAAGGGAGCUGGAAGCCCUUACCCAGAAAUAGGGGAAAAUUAAGUCAAUCUCCUCCCAGAAUGGCUGGAGGGAGGUUAUGAGAAGAAGAACAGAAGAAAUCAUCCCGAUCUUCUCCUCUUUCAUUCAAUCAUAUUUAUUGAGUGCUUACUGU